UAUCACCUGUACUAUUGUAUAGUUUUCUACUGCUGCUACUGUUAUUUCUCCUUGUUACAGUUCACAUUUCACUCACUAGGAGAAGGAGGGAUACAUUUGGAAAUGUGAAAGUGAAGCAAAACCAAAAUAUGUCAGUGAACUUUUUACAAUUUAAAGUGAAAAAAAUUUUCUCAUUGUUUGAGUUCCACCUCAACCACCACCAUCUUCAUGAAGCCUUCACCUAAUUCACCAAACUGGCAAUGGUUCUCCCCAUAACAACUCUUUUUCACCUCUUUUGCCUUUGCAUGUGUGUCUUCUUUCCUUAUUAAAGCAUUAGGUCCUAAAAGAUGAAGACCUGUUACAUUGUUAUUGUUUGCCUCCUGUAUCACCUUAUCUUGCCCAAGGCUUUCUAUGAAAACUUUUUUUUAAACUUUUACUUUCUGCCUUAGUAACAACUCUAAGACAGAAAAGCAAGGGAUAGACAAACAGGGUUAAUUGCAGUGCCCAGGCAUACAGCUAGGAAGUAUCUAAGGCCACAUUUGAACUGAGGUUCUUCUGAUUUCAGGACUUCCUGUCCACUAUGCCACCUUGAUGCUCCCCCCACCCACACAUAAACUUAUUCAUGUACAUCUGAUCCCAUUACUCUGCUACUCAAAUACCUUCAGUGUCUCUCUGUCAUCUAGAGCAGUGAUGGCAAACCUUUUAGAGACCAAGUGCCCAAACCAAGUGCCCCACCCCCUUACUUAGACAGGGGAGGGAGAAAGAACUCCAAUUGGGCUGCUGGGAAGAGGGUCCUCAGGCCUAUGUGGAGAGAGAGAGGGGAGCAGCCUCCCUCUGGCUUUCUAGUAAGAAACUCUGUGCUGCGGCAAUGGUGGGCGUGAGAGAGCUCUGAGUGCCACCUCUGGCACACAUGCCAUAGGUUCACCACUACAGAUCUAGAAGAUAAAACAAUUCAAGAUAAAACAAUUUUGUUGGGCUAUGAAGGUGCUAAAUAACUUGACUGCAACCUUUCUUUCUAGUCUUUCUUCAUACUCCUCCUCUCUAAAAAUUUAACAAUGAGAACAAAGUUUAGUAUAAGAACUUGGUUAAAAUUCCAGAUUUUUUCAAGCAGCUUAUAGUCAUGCAUAGAAAGAAAGCUGGCCUCAGACUAAGAGAAACUAAGGUUAAAAUCUUGUCUUUGACAUAAACUGGCAUUGUGAUCUUGAGUGAGUCAAUAAAAUCUCAUUGUCAAAGGAACAUUUCUAAUUUAGGGGGAUGGGCAUUAUGGGGGUGAUAUAUUAGAGUACUCACUUUGCAAUUAGAAGAUUUGGGUUCAAGUUUCUCUUUUGAUACAACCAUUGGGACCACCAUAAAAGCACUUAAACUCUCUUUGCGAAAAGAAGGGUUAAUUUAUACUGCAGUAGAAGUUAUACCUUUGCUUUGGUAUGAUAAAUUCUGUAUCAGAAGUUCCCUAUACUGAUUUUAUGUUUGUUGGACUUAUUUGUAUACAUUACAAUGUUGCUUUUCAGUGGUUUCAAUCAGGCUAACUCUUUGUAAUCUUAUUUGGGAUUUCCUUGGCAACGAUACUGAAAUGGUUUGUUAUUCCCUUCUCUAGCUCAUUAUUCAGAUGAGGAUACUGAAGCAAACAGGGUUACGACUUGCUCUUAUAGCUAGUAAGUUUCUGAGACAAGAUCUGAACUCAAAUCUUCCUGACUCCAAGUCCAGUUCACUGUCCUUUGAACCAUCAAGCUGCCCUUUAAAUUACUGUAUCAGGGUAUAAGGCACUACCCCUUUUUAGCAUUAAAAAAAAAUAAUUCCAAUUUUUAUGGUUUGUUUCUGUGUUAUCUUACCUGAAACUGAACCUAUCCCCAAAGAUUUCUAUAGAUUGGUGUGUUAUCUCAUGACACAGAUGUGUUUUAUAAGAUAUUAUCUGUUGUUGCAUGCCUCUAGCUGUUGCUAUAGGCUGUUACAUGAUUCAGGUGUGCUGUGGUAUGUUUUCAUGUGGAGAAACAUGUUACGUGGCAUGUGUCUGUAGUGUGUUGUCACAUGAUGCUAGUAUGUUCUUGUAGGGCACUGGCAUACUGUGAUGGGAUCUCACAUACUGCAGACUAUGUAGCAUGGCAUACUGUCAUGGGCACUGUCAUUGCAUGUUGCCAUGUAACACAAUCAUGUUAUUAUGUGCAAUUGUGUGUUGCUGUAUGAUAUGGCUAUGUUUAUUGUGAUGUGUGCAUGUUGCCCUGUUUAAUCAUGUGGUGUGGUUUUGUUGUGGUAUGUUAUAUGACACAGACAUGUUGGUACAAGGAAUUUCCUCAAUGAGAGUUCCCUCUACCAAUAAAAUCUCAAAUUGAGUUAAUAAAGACAACUCCAUAGAAAUUCAGGACAGAGAUACUGAGUAAAUCUUCAAAUCCAAAGUCCUUUACAUUCUGUCAUCCUUCCCAACCCAGCUUUUAAUCAAUCAUUAGUAUCUUUCCUCUGUAUACCUUUCACACCUAUAUGGGGAAAAAAAUACUUCACCAAGAGUUACUCAUUUUUUGGUUUUGUGUGUCUUCUUUCACUUCUCAGGAACAGAAAUGAUCAAUAUUUGGAAUAAAACAAAGGUGCAUCUAAAUAGGACAGGGGAUUUGAACGUUGGUAGGAAUACUUGAAUUUGAAUCCAGUCACAAACACAUCUUAGCUGUGUGACCUUAGCAAGUCAUAUAAACUUUCUGUGCCUAUUUCCUCAUUUAUAAAAUGGGGAUAAUAAUACCCAUCCAUUAUUCUCUACCCUUGAGUUAUAUAACCAUGGCUUCCUCAGAGCACACUACUCUCCAACUGUCUCAUUCUUUCUUCCUCAUCCUCUUCAAUGUUAUUUUUCCCAAAUGUUCAAAUUCACAAUAAUGAAUAUAUUUCUCUUAACUCUGAGGAAGCAAGAAUGGUCAGGACCCUAGUAAAGAGCAGUUGGCAUUAUCUAUAUAGAGUAAAGGCUUUUUGUUUGUUUUACCUUGCUUUGUUUGUUUUUUUAACAUUGGUUAUUUUAGAGUUGUCUAUUUCCUUCAAGCCACAGUAGGAUCAAUCAAAAGAAAUGAGAAUCUUUAAAGAAGUAAAGAUUUAGAAGGGACAUAAUAGCUGUCUUUAAGCAUUUGAAGAGAUGGCAUAUGCAAGAGGGAUUAAAUAUGCUCUAUCUGGCCACAAGAAGCAGAAUUCAGAAUAAUGGUUAGAAGCUGCAAAAAGACAGAGGUUUGGGGUAAGAAAAAACUUCCUAAUACUUAGUUCUAUACAAAAGUGGGAUGGGCUGCUUUGGAGUGUCCCCACUAUUGGAGUAGCUUCAAGAAAAGGUAGAAUAACUGAUCAAAGAAUUACAUAUCACAUCACCCUGUCCCUAUUCAAUAAGUUCCAGUGACUCCUGAUUACUUUCUUUCUUUUUUUUAAACCCUUACCUUCCAUCUUGGAAUCAAUACUGGAUAUUGGUUCCAAGGCAGAAGAGUGGUAAGGGUUUGGCAAUGAGGGUUAAAUGAUUUGCCCAGGGUCACAUAGCUAGAGAGUGUCUGAGGCCAUAUAUGAACCAUCUCUAGGCCUGGCUCUCAAUCCACUGAGCCACCCAAGUGCCCCCCUGAUUACUUUCAAUAUAAAAUACAAAGUCCUUUAAUUGAUACUGAAGAAGUUUUCAUGACCUAGCCAGUUCCUAUCUUUAUAAUUUUUUUCCUUACCCAUACAGGGACAUUGUCCUCUUUUCUGCUCCUCUCACAAGGCACUCCAUCUCACUAGUCUAAGCAUUUCCCCUGCCUUUCCUGAAGGCUUGAAUAUUCUCUACUCCCUGACUUCUUAGGCUUCCUUUAACUCUCAGCUAAAAUCCUUACCUUCAGCAAGAAGCCUUUCCUAAACCCUUUUAAUGCUAGACCUUCCCUUUGUAGCAGAUAAAAUUAGGUUCUCUACUAGAAGUUUUAUAUUUUUAAAGGUUUAUUAAAGAUUAAGAAUUAAAGAAAAUACAAAAUAAGAAAGCAUGUGUCUAGGCCCAGAGAGCCCAUUCACAACCACUCACAUCUUGCCUGCCAGGUAGAGAGCAGCAUGUGCUUGGAAGCAGAAGUUUAAAUAGAAAUUUUGGUCCCGCGCAGGUGGGAACUCAGGUGAGACUAGAGGGCAUCCUGGGAACUAGAGCAAGGACUUCUGGGGAUUGAAGUCUGGGGCUCAAAUCUCCAUUUUUACACUUUUGAUGAUUAUUUCCAAUUUAUACUGUAUCUAUCAUGUUUAGAAACAGUUGUUUGCAUGUUAUCUGCCCCAUUAGAAUGUGAGUUUCCUCCUAGAUUGUCUUUUUCUACCUUUGUAACUCCAAAAUUUAGGACAGUGCUUGCUGCAGAGUAAGCACUCAAUAUAUUCUUCUUGACUGUAUUGUAGAAAAGAUUCUUUUUCAGGUAAAAGUUGCACUGGAUGGUCUCUAAUGUUCCAACUCUAUGAUUUUAUGAAAGCAAAUGUUUAUUGAGCAUAUACUGUAUGUCAAAAUAUUAUCUCUGAUACAGUUGGGGGUAUAGGAAAGAAUAAGGCAUGAUCCCUACUCUCAAGUAACUAGUUACUUGAUUACUUUGAGUUUUUAGAUAUAGAAGAGAAUAUUCAUUCUGAAAACCAAGAUGUGGUAACCAGGCAAUAUGAAAUUGCUGAAUGGCAAACUGAUUUUAUAAAGAAAAGUUACCUAAGCUUUAAAAAGGCCAGAUCAGGGAUAUUCAGACCCUUGCAAACAAUAUGUGUUUGUUGUUAGGUAGUUUCAUACCAAACUAAGACAGUCAUGAGAAAAGAAGCAAUUUCUAAACUGCUUGACUCCAUUAAUAAGAUUUUUUUUCAUUCAAUAAGAGCAAAAUUCUACCAUAUCUUUCUUGUGGUUCUCCCAGAAACAUGAGAAUGAAAAAGGAAAAAGAGGGUGGAGGAAGAAAAAUGUAAUUCAAGAAGGUUUGGGGGUUUGAUUGCAUGCUUUUCCUUCAUGGAAUCUUCAUGUGAGAAAGGAGUAUGGGUAUUUGAACAUUUUCUGACUAUCUGUUUAAAGGAAAUAGUUUCAUCAGUUUCCACUGAUUAUCUGACUUUUGUGACCCCUUGUAGGGUUUCCUUGGCAGAGAUACGGGAGUGGUUUGCCAUUUCCUUCUCCAGUUCAUUUCACAGAUGAGGAAAUUGAGGCAAACAGGGUUAAGUGACUUGCCCAGGUACAUAAAGCUAGUGUUGGAGGCCAGAUUUGAAUUGAUCUACUAAGAUGAGUCUUCCUCAAUCUAUCCACUGCGCCACCUAGCUUCCCCAGCACUCAACACCUAGCACAACCCCAUACGCAGAUCCAAUUUUCUAGACUCUGCCAGGGCUCUGGCUUAGCUCACUCUACCCUACAAGGUGAAGGAACAUGCCAAGAACCAGUUGCCAAAACCUAGUACCUGCAAAAAGGCCUCCUUUUACGCCUCUACUCAGGAAAGAAAGCGAGCAAUUGUCCUUCCAAUUAGUCCCUGCCAGAAGGCGUUCCGACUUAGGCUGGAGGCCGGUAGGGUGGUCAGUACGCUUCCCAACCCGGCUCACUGCGGCUUUUCUUCAAAUCCGUACCCUCGCGCCCACCCACUGGGCAGCUCAUGUCCUUCUCACCCCAAUGGCACCAUAUCGCAGUUAUCCGCUACACCUCUUCUGGGUCUCGACACCGCCCCAAGCCCAGUCUAGAGGCUGGCAAGAGGAAGUGGGAGUGGGGGGAGGGGAGUAGGGAAGAGGCUUUCAGGAAGACAGAUAGGACUCCGUUUCCACUUAAUCAGUUUGGGAUUGUGAUUUAGAAGAACCUUGGGGUCGAGGUGAGAGGGUCCUGCUUAUUUGCGGAGGAAGCAGCACAGGAUGAGGUGGGGUACCUCCAGGAGGGGGAGGAAUAGCAGCAGCAGCAUUCAGGAAAGGCCUUUCACUGCAGUCAGCCGCGCGGCCCACUCUAGACCACUCCCAUCAAUGCAGCUACGGGCUGCACGCAGAUUCACACCCCUCUCCCCAAUUCGUGCCCCCUAGUAGCCAAAGCAACCCCACCCAACUCCUUUUAUUUCUUCUCUGCGACCCCAGAUCCCAAUUCAGCCCCACCCCUCGUUUCUUCGCGGUGUCUGGGACAAUGCAGCACUCGGACCCGCCCUGCGCCGAGAAGGGCUCGCGACCGCCUCCCCGACUAGCACAUUACCUCACCGAGGAAGCCGGGGCGGGCAGCGCACAGAGGCGGAGAGCGAGAACCGAGGCUGGCUGACGGCUAGCGAGUGAAUGAAGAGGGCGGGGCGCAUGCGCGCUUCCUCCGCCCCCUUAUAAAAGGCUCGGCUUGGGGUUCAAUCGCUCUCAGCUGCAGCCUCGGGAUCUGGCUAGCUAGAGCGUCUGUACUAGCCGGGCCAGCUGAGGGAACGAACAGCGCAGGCGCGCUUCCUCUGCCCCCUUGUAAAAGGCUCCGCUUGGGGUUCAACCUCUAUCAGCUGCAGCCUUGGCAUCUGGCUAGCUAGAGAUUCUGUACAAGCUAAGCCAGUUGAGGGAACGAACAACCGCUUUCGCAAGCAGGCACCAUGCGGGAAAUUGUGCACAUCCAGGCUGGCCAGUGCGGCAACCAAAUAGGAGCCAAGUUUUGGGAGGUCAUCAGUGAUGAACAUGGUAUCGACCCUACUGGCAGUUACCAUGGAGACAGUGACUUGCAGCUAGAGAGAAUUAACGUGUACUACAAUGAAGCUGCUGGUAACAAAUACGUACCUCGGGCAAUCCUGGUAGAUCUGGAACCUGGCACAAUGGACUCGGUCAGAUCUGGACCAUUUGGCCAGAUCUUCAGACCAGAUAACUUCGUUUUUGGCCAGAGUGGUGCAGGAAAUAACUGGGCCAAAGGCCACUACACAGAGGGAGCAGAAUUAGUCGAUUCUGUCCUGGAUGUAGUGAGGAAGGAGUCAGAAAGCUGUGACUGUCUCCAGGGCUUCCAGUUGACCCAUUCCCUGGGAGGUGGCACUGGGUCCGGAAUGGGAACCCUGUUGAUCAGCAAGAUCAGGGAAGAGUACCCAGACAGAAUCAUGAAUACCUUCAGUGUGAUGCCCUCCCCCAAAGUGUCCGACACCGUGGUGGAGCCCUACAACGCCACCCUGUCUGUGCAUCAGCUGGUGGAGAAUACCGAUGAGACCUACUCCAUCGACAACGAGGCUCUGUAUGACAUUUGCUUCCGAACCCUGAAACUCACCACACCCACUUACGGAGACCUCAACCACUUGGUCUCUGCCACCAUGAGUGGAGUGACCACCUGUCUGAGGUUUCCGGGCCAGCUGAAUGCUGAUCUGCGCAAACUGGCAGUGAACAUGGUACCUUUCCCCCGCCUCCACUUCUUCAUGCCAGGCUUUGCCCCCCUGACCAGCCGUGGUAGCCAGCAGUACCGAGCUCUGACGGUGCCUGAGCUCACCCAGCAGAUGUUCGAUUCUAAAAACAUGAUGGCGGCCUGCGACCCGCGCCAUGGUCGCUACCUGACUGUGGCCGCCAUCUUCCGGGGCCGCAUGUCCAUGAAGGAGGUGGAUGAGCAGAUGCUCAACGUGCAGAACAAGAACAGCAGCUACUUUGUGGAGUGGAUCCCCAACAACGUGAAGACGGCCGUGUGCGACAUCCCACCCCGGGGCCUCAAGAUGUCUGCCACCUUCAUUGGCAAUAGCACAGCUAUUCAGGAGCUGUUCAAGCGCAUUUCAGAGCAGUUCACAGCCAUGUUCCGUCGUAAGGCUUUCUUGCACUGGUACACGGGGGAAGGCAUGGAUGAGAUGGAGUUCACCGAAGCGGAGAGCAACAUGAACGACCUGGUGUCCGAGUAUCAGCAGUACCAAGAUGCUACUGCUGAUGAACAAGGGGAAUUUGAGGAGGAAGAGGGGGAGGAUGAAGCUUAGGGACAGCAGAAUACAUUAAGCAUCUUCAAUGGACUGUAUAUUAAUUGUGCUAAAGCAUGGUCUUUCUUACUUGUAUACUAUAUGGUGCUCAGUUUUGCCACUGUCAGAAGUUAACUGUUGAUGUAAUAAUGUGGAACACUUUAAAAUUAUGGUAAUAUCUAUGUUAAAAUAUCUAUACUCAUAAAAGGCAUGUAUCUAAAA